GGCGAGCGUCACGCAAAGGAUUAUAGGUGUGCGCUCCAUGUGAACUCAGACCGGGAUCCGAAAAGACGAGUGAAGAGCUGUGUGGGUCUCCGACGGGAUCGCCUUGGGGUUUUGUUUGAUUUUUCUGGAUAUUUCUUCAGUAAGAUCGUAAAAAUGUCAUCCAAACAAGAAAUAAUGAAUGACCAGCGGUUUAGGCGGGUUUCAAAGGAUCCCAGAUUUUGGGAAAUGCCAGAGAAGGACCGAAAAGUCAAAAUUGACAAGAGAUUUCGAGCCAUGUUUCAUGACAAAAAGUUUAAAUUGAACUAUGCUGUUGACAAAAGAGGGCGCCCUAUCACCCACAGCACGACGGAAGACCUGAAACGCUUCUAUGACCUGUCAGACUCUGAUUCUGAUCUCUCUGAUGAAGAAAGCAAAGUACUGGACCAAAAGAAAGUAAAGCAGAAAAAGAAACAGACGGAAAAGGAAGUGAAGUCAAAAAUGCUGAUUGAGGAGAAAAAGAAAGAAACCAAAAAAGUUGAUCAGAAGGAUCCUAUAAACAAAAAUGAUUUAGAUAAUUCUGAAAGAAUUCAAAAAAUGAAAAACGUGUGUAAAUCUCAAAAGGUAAAUUCAGAAAUAAGUCCCAAAAAGAAUAGUGAAGAAUUUCCACAAGAUACAAAAAAGAAAAGGAACAUCACCGACCACAGUACAGAUUCUUUGCCCAAAGGAAAACCAAGGACCAAAGAUUCCAGUACCCCUGAAAUUGUGAAAUCUCCAACAAGCACUUGUUCUAAGGCAAAAAGAGAAAAGCAAUCAGUGCUUCCAGUCAUUGUGGCAAGAGACAAAGAUGCCCUGGAGGAAGAUUCAGACAGUGCUAGUGAAAUAGGAAGUGAUGAGGACUCUGAAGAUGAAGUCACAAGUGAUGAUAGAACUUCAGCUGAUGAUGAUGAAGAGGAGGAAGAAGAAGAGGAAGAGGAAGAUAGUGAGGAGGAGGAUGAAAGUGACAGUGGUCCUGAUCUGGCAAGGGGUAAAGGAAAUAUAGAAACUAGUUCUGAAGAUGAAGAUGAUUUUGCAGAUCUAUUUCCAGAAGAACCUGGUUUUGAACAUGCUUGGAGAGAAUUAGAUAAAGAUGCUCCUCGGGCUGAUGAGAUUACACGCCGACUAGCAGUUUGCAACAUGGACUGGGAUAGAUUAAAGGCAAAAGAUUUGCUGGCUCUGUUCAAUUCUUUUAAGCCCAAAGGAGGAGUUGUAUUUUCUGUAAAGAUAUAUCCUUCGGAGUUUGGAAAGGAGAGGAUGAAAGAAGAGCAAGUUCAAGGACCAGUAGAGUUAUUGAGUAUUCCUGAGGAUGCCCCCGAAAAAGACUGGGCCUCUAGAGAGAAGCUGAGAGACUAUCAGUUCAAACGAUUGAAAUAUUAUUAUGCAGUAGUGGAUUGUGAUUCUCCUGAAACAGCAAGUAAGAUUUAUGAAGAUUGUGAUGGCCUGGAAUUUGAAAGCAGUUGUUCUUUUAUAGACCUAAGGUUUAUACCAGAUGAUAUUACUUUUGAUGAUGAGCCCAAGGAUGUGGCCUCAGAAGUUGAUCUAACAGCAUAUAAACCAAAAUAUUUCACAUCCGCUGCAAUGGGAACAUCAACGGUGGAGAUCACUUGGGAUGAGACUGAUCAUGAAAGAAUCACAACACUUAACAGAAAGUUUAAAAAGGAGGAGCUUUUGGACAUGGACUUCCAGGCCUACUUAGCUUCCUCUAGUGAGGAUGAAGAAGAAGAGGAAGAAGCAGCACAAGGUGAGGAUGGAGUCAGUGUAGAAGAUGGGAAAACAAAGAAAUAUCAGAAGGAUGAUGAAGAACAGAUUGCUAAAUAUAGAGAGCUCUUGCAAGUUAUUAAAGAAAAGGAAAAAAAAGGAAAAGAAAAUGAUAUGGAAAUGGAGAUCAAGUGGGUUCCAGGCCUUAAGGAGAGUGCAGAAGAAAUGGUCAAAAACAAGUUGGAGGGAAAGGAUAAGCUGACCCCUUGGGAACAAUUUUUAGAGAAGAAGAAAGAGAAGAAAAGACUGAAAAAGAAACAGAAGGUAUCCAUUGGUCAGUAUAAACAGAUUUUGCCUGUUAAUCUUGUCAUUUUAACCCUCCUCUGUUGGUUUGUUGUACCAGGUAUAAAGAAAAAAUCAACGAAAUGUGCAAAGGGCAGCACAUCUUCAGAGGAAGAAACUGAACUAGAAAAACAAAAGGCUGAAAUGGCCUUGCUUGUAAUGGAUGAGGAAGAAGACAGCAAGAAGCACUUCAAUUAUGACAAGAUUGUGGAACACCAGAAUCUGAGCAAAAAGAAAAAGAAAAAGCUUAUGAAAAACAAGGAGUUGCUUGAGGAUGACUUUGAGGUAAAUGUUAGCGACGCACGGUUUCAGGCAAUGUAUACUUCCCACUUAUUCAAUUUGGAUCCUUCUGAUCCUAAUUUCAAGAAGACAAAAGCUAUGGAAAAAAUUCUUGAAGAGAAAGCUCGGCAACGAGAACGAAAAGAAGAACUACUUACUCAAGCAGUGGAGAGAGCUCAGCAGGACACGGGAAAGGCAACACAAAAGCAGCACUCAGAUCCUGCCUUGUCUUUGCUGAUUAAAUCUGUGAAAAACAAAACAGAGCAAUUCCAAGCCAGAAAAAAACAGAGAGUCAAAUAACUGGACACUAUCUCUGUGAUCUCAAGUACACAGAAAUAGUUUAAGGGUUAAGUUUAAGGGAAUGUAGCUAUCUUAACCCCAGCACUCGGGAGGCAGAGGCAGGAGGAUCUCUGUGAGUUUGAAGCCAGUUUGGUCUACAAAACGAGAUCCAGGACAGGCUCCAAAGCCAAACAGAAACCCUGUCUCAAAAAUUAAAAAACAAACAAAAAUAUAUGUAAAAAAAAAUGGUGUCCAUUUUUUUGUAUAUAGAUUAAAAACAAAUUUUUUAAAAAUAUAUGUGGAUAUGUACAUAUAUAUUUAUGUUUAUAUAGUACCUUAAUCUCUCAAAACUCAGGAAGCAGAACUAAAUAGCUUUUAAAAUAAUUUAUUUUCAUAGCAUAAAGGAUGAAGCUGUGAACUUUUUUCCAUGCUUAGUAAUUUGCAUGGAGAGCUAUUGGAUGAGCAGAAGUGCACAGUGUCUACUAGUUUACAUUUUUACUAGUUUUUAUAGUGUCAGUUUGCCUCAUAUAUGUACUUCAAGCAGACUAUUCUGAAAAAAAUAACUGAAAUAAGACUUUAACUGAUGAAAAAACAGUUCCUCGGGCUGGGCGGUGGUGGCACACGCCUUUAAUCGCAGCACUCGGGAGGCAGAGGCAGGCGGAUCUCUGUGAGUUCGA